GCCUAACAAGCCUCAGUCACCUGACCCGAUCUCCACGCCCCUCCUGUGGUAGGUACCGACUGUAAAGUGGACAGUCCUCGGACUUGGAGGGGGAGGAGAGAAAAAAAAAACGGUUUUUAUAUGAUGGCCUCGGCUCGUCCGUCUGCUUCAUACCAUGCCUAGAACUUAAAACAUUUUAACUAGAAAGGGGCUGUUAAUGCCGGAAGUGGUGCACCGCGGAACCAGGAGUCACGUGUUCUUUAAAAUGUUCAAGAACGUCUACAUCACACUUGAGCCACAAAGCUCUUCUACAAUGGAAGCGUCCUCGUCCGAUACUGUCACUUCAGACGGCCCGGAGGAGUCAACAUGUGACGAUUCGCCUUCCAGUGACCAUCUCCUGACCUUGAAGGCCCUGACGGAGAAGCUGAGACUGGAGACCAGGAGACCUUCCUACCUGGAAUGGAAAGCCAGGGUGGAGGCGGAAAACUUCACAGGCGGACACGCCGAAGGGGAAUCGGGCAGCAAACGAGGGGACUCAAACGUGAUUCGCUGCAAGUUGAGGUCAGGUGUCCUGAAGGCGUUUGAGAACAUUGACGAGGCUCUGAGUUGGCUCAGGAGGGAACUGGCCGAGAUGCGUCUACAGGACCAGCAGCUGGCGAGGCAGCUCAUCCGCCUGCGUAGCGACAUCAGCAAGAUGAAAAUCGAACAGGCGUGCCAGCUGCAUCGCCGCAUGCUCAACGACGCCACCUACGGCCUGGAGGAGCGCGACGAGUUGGCUGAUCUGCUGUGCGAGUGUCCCGUCACGCCGGGCCUGGGCUUAUCAGCACCGCUGCGACUCAUUGGAGUCACUAAGAUGAACAUUAACUCUCGACGUUUCUCGCUAUGCUAGUAGUCAUAGAAGGCUAACCUAGGGUUGUAUUGCUAAUCCUAAAUAGUAGAGUGGAUGCCUGAUAAACCUGUUUACCCACCAGUGGGUAGAAUAUAGAUAAUUGUGUAUAAAUCAUUUAAAAUGUAUUAUUUUGUAAAUAUAUUAUUCUUAUCAAGCGAAACAAAUAUUGUGUCCGUGUACAGUUGUUGCCUGUUUGAAACAACUGUAUACACUUACCAGAAACAUAAUAAAGUACACAAUCUAAUUAGCAUGGUAUUUGUUAAGAUGGCUAGGAGUUUAGUGUAGCACACAACACGUAGCUGACAUGUACAUGUACUCCAGUGUAAUAAAAACAUAUUACUUCAAGAAAAAUAAAUGUGUUCCUUACCUUAA